CGGAUAUUUCUCCUCUUAACUUACAUAUCCACCAAUAUAUAAAGUACGAUAAUAAAAAUGGAUCCGAGAUUCAUCGAUACCUUACCUUCCUUGAGCUAUAUUGAUAACAAGCGUGAUGACGAAUAUGCGUUUGUGAAAGCUCUGCGGAUGAGUGGUGGAGAUGGAGCCAACAGUUACUCCGCCAAUUCUCGUCUUCAGAGAAGAGUUCUAUCAAUGGCCAAACCAGUCUUGGUAAAAAACACAGAAGAAAUGAUGAUGAACUUAGACUUUCCUACGUACAUCAAAGUUGCUGAGUUGGGUUGUUCUUCGGGAGAAAACUCGUUUUUGGCCAUCUCUGAGAUCAUCAACACCAUUAAUGUGCUGUGCCAACGUGUGGACAAAAACCCACCAGAAAUCGAUUGUUGUCUUAACGAUCUCCCCGAAAACGAUUUUAACACGACAUUCAAGUUCGUGCCUUUCUUCAAUAAGGAGACCACAAACAAAGCACCCUGUUUCGUCUACGGAGCUCCAGGUUCCUUCUAUUCCAGGCUCUUCUCUCGCAACAGCCUCCAUUUCAUACAUUCCUCUUACGCUCUCCAUUUUCUCUCUAAGGUUCCUGAGAAGCUUGAGAAUAACGAGGGGAGUGUGUACAUAACAAGUUCAAGUCCUGAAAGUGUAUACAAGGCUUACUUGAAUCAGUUCCAAGAAGAUUUCACGCUGUUUCUAAGGUUACGUUCUGAAGAACUCGUCUCUAAUGGACGUAUGGUGCUCAACUUCAUCGGAAGAAAGAGUCUUAACGAUCCAUUACAUAGAGAUUGUUGUCACUUUUGGACAUUGCUAUCAAAAUCUCUACGCGACCUAGUCCUCGAGGGCAUUGUCAGUGAAUCAAAGCUGGAGACUUUCAACAUGCCGUUUUAUGAUCCGAACGUACAUGAACUCAAAGAAGUGAUACGAAACGAGGGCUCUUUUGAGAUCAAUGAAUUGGAGGCACAUGGAUUCGAUCUUGGUCAUAGUAACUGCAACUACAACGGAAUAUAUGAGUAUGAAGCAGGACACAAUGAAGCCAAUUGUAUAAGAGCGGUUAGUGAACCAAUGCUCGCUGCCCAUUUUGGAGAAGACAUUAUCGAUACCUUGUUUGAUAAGUAUGCGCACCAUGUGACUCAGCAUGCCAACUGCAGGAACAGAACCAGUGUCAGUCAUGUUGUUUCGUUGACUAAGAAAUAAUCAACACUUCUCUGAUGUAAUUGCUUGUAUUUACUUCAUGUGUUAUUGUUCCUUCAAUAAAUUCCAAGACCUGCCACUCAAUGUAACUGUGAGAUGCUAGUCUUGA